AUGGAUGCAUUAAAAACGCAAUUGCCAAAGCAGAAGAGCAAAAUAAAGACAAAGGAGAAAUAUGAACAGCAAAUGCGUGCAAAUGGGCUCCAGGUGACACGAUGACUUGAUCGACUUAAUUUGAUGGAGGUUUGGUCAGCCGGAAAUGUCACUUCAAACACCGAUCUCAUUGGCGCCCGCAUACCAAGAGUAGCAUGUGACUUUGAGAGAUUAGCCUCCAGUCAGCCUUUCCUCCAACACGUGGGAGUCGACCACCUUCAACUCUUACUGCAAAGUCCUUGGAUUUGUGAUGGAAACGAAACAGUGAAAUUCAAGGCACUCUGCACAUGGUUGCGUGUCUCGACCGUGAAUACCGAACUCAUUAAACGCGAAAGGCACUUCAAGCAUCUUCUGGAGUUGAUCAACAUGAAUAGAUUGUCGAAAGAGUUUGUGAUUGAAGCUUCAUUGGGUGGAUUAGAUUUCAAUUUGUCUGAAAAUGCAAGGUGCUGUCUCAUUUCCAUGACUGAAUAUGUGUUCAUUUAG